ACAGUAAAAUUCUAAAUACCAAUACAUGUUCUGUCUUCUGUACCCUAAUCCCAAAAUUCCCAAAUCCUCUGUUCCUUCGCCGACUGCCCAGGGCGAUUCCUCUCCCCAGAUGCGACUACGAGCUCAGCGACAACAACUCUUCACCAGAUUUUUCGUCUCACUGGUGUCUACUACAGCGACUCCACCAAAAUAGAGACUCUUGUCUUUAUCAAUUACUGAGAUGGGAAGCAGAAACAGCGACAACAAAAGCAAGGGCAACGACAACAGCAACUCAAAUUGGUUGCCUAUAGAUAUCAUCUAUGACAUACUAAGAAGAGUACCUGCUGAAUCACUUGUUAGAUUCAAACUAGUAUGUAAGUUGUGGAAAACCAUCAUCUCUAAUCCUAAAUUUAUCAGCUCUCAUCUUCACAUAUGGAAAUCCAAGCCCUCGUUCAUCUUCUCAGCAGAUUUUUUUUUCUUCCCAAUCGCUUGCUUCUUUCGGAUCUUCAAGACAAAGACUCGAUAGAUUUUCCUGUACGUUUCCCCCAAGCUUAUGAUGAAAUUGUUGCCUCUACUGAUGGUUUAUUACUUCUUAAAAGUUUUCUUGUUCAUACGGAAACAAGGCUGUGUGUUCAUAAUCCUGUUACUGGUAGUAAAAAAAAAUUACCACUAAAUCCAAGUCACAUAGAUCAUAAUGGUUCCUGUUCUUAUUGGAUAGUACAUGAUGCUUCAAUUCAAAAAUAUAAAGUGGUGGUUUUUAUUGAUCAUGAUGGAGAUCUUAAUGUCCAAAAUGAGAUGGGCAUAAUUACUGUAGACAAUGAUGGAGAUAAGGGAUGGAGGAAAUUGAUCAGUCCAUCGGCAUUUUGCCUGGGCUGUGCUUUCCAGGUCAUCACUGUGAAUGGGAUAUUGCAUUGGUUAGCAUUCACUUCUGAUAUUAUGAAUUGUCCUUUUAAUCCUGAUCUUGAAGUGGCUUUUGUACAAUCAAUGGACAUUGCUAAAGAGGAAUUUAGGCAAGGAAUAAGCUUGCCAUGUCAACCAAAAAUAGAUUAUGAUGAUUACCCAUAUGUCCAACUGACAAAUUGCAAGUUGUUAGAGAUGAAGGGAUCGAUCUACUUCUCAAAACCGGCCACUGAUACGGAAUUAGAGUUAUGGAUGUUGGAGGAUUUGGAUAAUCAUAUUUGGGCUAUGAAACAUAAAAUAUGUCUUCUUUCAAUUGUUGAUAAGCCUAAUGGUCUUGCAAGUUUUUUAGUGAGUGAUUCAUUUUACCCAAUUCAAAUGAUAGGGAAUCACAGAUUGAUGAUCUUCGUUGAAGAUUCAAAUUCUCCUUAUUUUAAUCAAAUGCGCUGGUACUUGUAUGACUUGAGGAGCCACGAGUUGAAAGCUAUUGUCAGUAGGUCUGCUGAAGCAAAAAGAUGUUAUUUUUAUUCAUGUCUGCAGAUUACUCAUGUCAAAAGUCUAGUCAGUUGGAAUAUCCUGGAGAAUUGGAAUGGUGUUAUUAUUGCUUCCAACCUUGCCUAUUUUUUGAAACCAGCAGCUUUGUGUUAUCCAGAGGCUUUCACAUCUUUAUGCCCCCGCCAUGACUUAAUUAAGCGUUUUGCAUUUGAAUGCAUUGGGAGAGUUCUGCAAAUCUUUCAUGGGCUGGCCAAUUGUGGUAAAUAUGAAGAGUCUUUGUUGUUAGAAGCAGAGGAGUUGGUGGAUAAUUUGAAGAGUGCUAGAGUCGAUGUUGAUUGGCUCGAGGAGCGAUUGAGCAUUCAACGGGAAAUGAUGGCGACUAAGGACGAGAUGACAAAAUAUGGAGCUCUUUUGAAGGCAACUCAGGAUAAAUAUAAUAGGUUACAGGACCGUUACUCUGAGAUAGAGACGGAAGUGUUGUCAGUUCCAGGGCUAGAGCUUGGACGUGCAGAGCAAAUACAGACACUCACUCCUCCGAUAAUGUAGGAUUUCAUUUUAUAUUCUAGAUUAGGAUUUUGUCUUCAGCUGAUUAUUUCAGUUAGGAUUUUAGGGGUCCACUAGAUGGAUUCCCGAGUUGUAUCUAUUUUAGAGAUUUGGAUUUUUAUUAAUCUUUAUCAUUUGUUGGAUUUUAAAUUUAGUAUUAUUUCCAGCUUUUAUAUUUAUUU